AAUUAACGUGCCUCUGGCUGUAUUGCUUACACAGCCUUUAUAUGAGCACUGUGGCACGCGGAGAGCGCACGAAGCUAGCAGUUGCUUGCAGGCUUCACAAGCAUAAGACCACACGUGUAGCAAAUUUUAUAUAUCACACCCUAAGACCGUUAAGAAAACAUCACAAUAGCCCUCAGCCCGAAGGACAGCAAUGGGUUUGCUAUGGCUUAUUGCACUGCUUGCAUGUGCCGCUUCUGCGAUUGCAGUUGACAAGCCAGGAAUGGAAGAAGAACAAUGCGCAAGGAGCUGCCAUACAAUUAACUGCGACAACAUGGGCAUCCGUUAUGGACGAUUUUGCGGCGUUGGGCAUGGUGGUUGCCCUGGAGUAAAGCCGUGCGACCCUGUCGACCGGUGCUGCCAGAAACACGAUAACUGCGUAGAGAAGCAUAGCGUGUUUGCAGCCCAAUGCCACACCGCCUUCCUGAAGUGCCUGGACAGGCACGCGGGCAAGGACCAAGAGGGCUUCGCUCCCAAUACGUGUCCCUACAGCCUGGUGAUACCCACCAUGAAGGCCGGCAUCCAGAUGGCCAUGAUGUUCACGGGGGCGAUGCAGCAGCAGGCGGGCGGCGGCGGGAGGGGGCCGCUGAGGAGCGGGAGAGCGGGUGGCGAGAUGUGACAUGGGCCAACUACUGAAUAGCAGGCUAGGGUGCCUGCGGUUGUGGUGCUUCCGCGGGAAGGAGCAGGGCAGAGGCUAGGAGCGGGACGGGGCACAACGUAGGGAGAAACGCAUGCAUGGGUAACGCAUGCCUUAUGCAGAUGUCGUUGUGCCAUGAUGAAGAACCUAUCUUGAUUGUAUUCUUGCAUGCAGUGAGGGACGGAGGUCUGUGUACACUGGUUGUUGGGUGUCCAUGGAACCCCCGUGAGUCGUGACACAUGAAACUGUUCAUCCGAACAUCCCUCCACGAGGGAAGCGGGCGAGGAGCGAGCGAGGCGAGGGAAGCUGGGAAACCUAAGGGUGAUUUGGGGAACUUGUGAGCCGCUCGCCGAGAAUUGCUUUGCGAUCAAGCUUCCAGGGUUUAGCGCCCUCCGACCGGGGCAAUUCGUGUCAGGGCCUGGGAAACCUCUGGAGGAACUUUGAACUGUGACCUGAGAGGAUUAUACUUUGUGUAUUUUGUUACGUGUGCUCGUAUGCGUUGAAUGCGGUGCACGGGUGCCGUGUUCGCACAAAAUCCGUAUAGGUCUGCUGUUUGUGGUAGCUUGGGUAGGCAUGGGCGUAGAAUAGGCACGUGGCGCGCUGGAAAGUGUGGUCUUGGAGAUGGCAACGGGCUGCAGGGUUAUGCCUGCUUGCUUUAAGAGCAGAACGAAGGGUAUCGCUGUGAAGACACGUAUGGCCUCCCAACCCGUGCCCUUUGUCCGGCGCUCCGGCCCCAACCCUUCGUGCAUUGUGGCAUUACGUCGUUGCGGUUUCAAAGAUACGUUGAUUUCUCCCUUCCUGGACAUGGCCUCAACGUGGAGCGCAAUUCAUGUAACGGUACAAGGAGGUGUUACUGUACAGGUAUGACAGAUCCCGGCACGGCGUGGACCACACUAUCGCCUGUUCCUUGGCAAGCUGUGGCAAGUAUACUAAAUGUUCGCUGUGAAUAUACACUCAAGUUGCAUAUCUUCAAGUAUUUGAUUACUACACUACGACGGACUUCACUGAAUAACCCUCAGUAAUGGCGCUUGCAGACGCAGCGGCGACAGCCAGCAAAAUCGCAUCCCCGAUCUGGCGGAGCAAACUACAAGCAUCUCUAGUUAGUAAUAAGAACCUUGUGUACAGUCGAUAUGUGCAGCUAGCGACAGUCAAGGCGGAUGGUCGACCUGCCAACCGAACGGUCGUCUUCCGUGGCUUCCUAGGAGACAGCGAUGACGCGCUGACGUUUGUAACUGACAGCCGCUCAAGGAAGAUCCAGGAGGUCGCCUGCAAUCCUGCAGCAGAGGUUGCCUGGUACUUCCCGGAAACCCGCGAGCAGUACCGCAUAGCCGGCAACCUAACCAUCGUGGACGCAGCCGCAGGAGACAGCGCCCUGCAGGCGGCUCGCAUCCGGGCAUGGUCCGCGCUGUCAGACGCAGGCCGGCAGCAGUUCGGGUGGCCGCAGCCGGGGCUGCCCCGGGCGCAGCAGGACCCCACGGCUUGGAGUGGCGCAGCCCCGGGGCCGCAGGAUCCUCCGCUGGACACGUUCUGUCUGAUGGUGCUGCGGCCCGAGGAGGUGGAGCAGGUGCUGCUGCUUUCCAACGAGCGCUACCGGUACGUACGACAGGAGCUGCAAGAGAGCGGUUCCACCGUGUCUUGGAGCGAGGAGAGCAUCAAUCCUUGAGCUGCUGGAGUGCCCGUUGUUUCGUGAGUCGUGUAGUAGGUGUAGCUCGUGCAGGCUUUUGCGUCAGUAGUAGUGUGGCGUUGGUAAACAAAGGGGCUACGAGGUGCGGCAUGGAGGGCGUGCAGCAUGCAGCAUGCAUGGGGCGGUAACGCAGGGUAGUAAAUUAGUAAUGCUGAUGGGCUGUUACGAGCAGAAGCAGGCUGCUGGGCACGUGGGCGAGGGAGCGUGCUCGUUGAAGACAUGCAUG